AUGACACAAACAGAAGACAGCAUAAGAGAAAACGAACGACUCAAAGAUAUGAUUAGUCACUACAUAGAAACGCUGGUAGACUGCGCGGAGAAUUAUAUGCAAAAUGAAGACCACCCCGACCAAGUGGUACAAAACCAAUACCAAGACACUCUCAAAAACAUUUUAAUAACAAGAAACCAAAUCAUUGGACACAUCGAAGCACUUAAACUCAGUCAACGUAACCCGGAGAGUAUAAGGGAUGAAAGAGCAUUCAAACAAGAAUACCAACAAAGUGUCGUCAAUAACACCGAGACAAUCACAAACGACCACCCCAAAUUGAAGGAACUGAGAAGAAGAAUGUGGGCUGCAAAGCAUACAGAACCAUUCCCAGAAGACGAUAAUGAGAUCAUCGUUCAAACCACAAACACAUUCAUUUGCCCACUCACGAAAAGGAGAUUUGUCGAGCCAUAUAAGUCGAAAGUGUGUGGACACAUAUUUUCAAAGGAUGCGAUUUUCAACUUGAUUGGACAUGUCAAACAGAUGAAAUGCCCCUUUGCGGGAUGUGACAAAAUGGUUACCAAAGAUGACUUUCAGUUGGACUAUGAAACAGUGCACGCGAUGGAGCGAGAAGCCAACACUAAAAUGUCAGAGGACGACUCCGAUGAUGGUGAGAUUGUUUAA